ACUGAGAUUAAGCGUUACUUUCCCACUACUGCGUUCAUAACAACACCAACACUCCUCAUCUUAAACAAUGACCGGCGUACCUUUCGACGUUCUUGCCCCUUUUGACCACGAGCAUUUUGAUGCCGUUAACGGUACUGACGAGAUCUAUACUUUUGUUACUGUCACCGCCAAAUCAGGAUUUCAUGUAAGUAAAGUUACUCACGGCGUUCAUGUCCUCUGGGAGGAAGGUGGUGAGCCACUAAAGUCCUUGACUCUCCACAAACUUGGCGAUCUCCCUGUGGCUCUUCUUUUGGAUCUCUCCGGCAUAGUCCUCUACUUUCUCUUCGUGGACCUCGCCUGGAAGAAGGUCAGCAGGGAGGAGUACGAGAACAAAAUCCACAUUCACUAGAACUAAGGCUCCUUCACUGCAACCAUUGGAUGCUCAAUCAUGACGAUUAGUGAAAUGGUCGAUGCUAUCACGUGAAUAUGAAACGGGGAAUGAGUGUCUCAUUCCCUUCAAUCAUUUUAAAUAUUCCAUCUCUCGUUUGCUCUGUCAUUGAAACAUUCUCGCUCACUAGAAACUGCCAUUCGGCAUACCAGUGUGGAGAUACUUCCAUAUGUCAUGAGUUUAAUUUAUGUGCCUC